GCGAACGCGGCGAACAACGGACAACACUGUGGCAUUGGCAAUGGCAGCGCUUGUCGCCCGCCUUCACUUCAGUGUGUGAGUCGCGAUAAACGCGAGCGAAACGGGCGGCGCAACUGAAAUCGCGUACCGACUACCGCAGACACGCACACCACCAUACACCAGCGCGUAUACGUAUACGGGUGAGAGAGCGCAUGCUCUCCGCCACACACACGCGGUCAACGUUUUCUCCGCUUUGUGGCGCCGCGCAAGUUUUGUCGCAGCAGCAAACACGCAAUAAAAGUUCAAAAACAGUUGAAGUAUACCGCGACGCGAGUAAAAAUCUUUCCUUCGACGUCGUCGCUGUUCGUUGUUGUAGUUGUUGUUGUUGUUGCUGCUGCCGCUGCUACUGCUUUACGUUUCUAUAGUGUGUUCCGUUCCGCGAAUUUUCGUGUGCAUUUAUGUAGAUAUACAUGUAUAUCUGCAUAUAUGACUGUCCAAAAGGUAAAACAACGGAAACAAAUGAUAACAGAAUACAAAUUGUUGUCAACAAUGUGCCAAAUAUAGUGGCGAAAACCCCCCGUAGUUCGAUCGCUUUUUGUUUAAAUUAAAUCUGCAUAUCAUGGUGUGCGGCGGCUGCAUUUCAUUUAUUUUCGCUCGCUGAAGAUCUUGCUUGCUCCAAAGAAUUAACAAAAAAAAUUAUCUGCGUUUGGCGCUGCGUCGACGGCAUUGUUAUUUCGUACGUAUUGUUGUUAAGUGUGAGUAGUAGUAGUAGUAAUAUCGCUACCAGAGCUGAAUAAUGUAGUUGACCAAAAUUCUGAGAGCACAAGUCUGAGCACACACGAUACGUCUUCUUCGUUUGGCCGUUUCACUUUGAGCAGCGUGACCGUGGUGCGUCGCUAUAAUAUGCCCCGCGAGCCAUGUGUGUGUGUGCCUAACGCGUGCGGCAAAAUGCCACUGAAAAAUACCAAAAUGGCAGACGAAAUCCCAUGUGGGGGGGAAACGGAAUCGGCGUGCUUUUGCUGCACUUUGUUGUCGAAUUAUUGUUACCCAGUUGGAUACAACAUUUUAGGGCUUUAUAUUUUGUGCAAUUAAUUCUCCACUGCUACAUGGGAAUUAUAUUAAAACUAUGCUAGCUGCUCGUUCCGAUUUGUUUAAAACAAAAAGCUUAACUUCUCGGAGGACAAAAGAUCUCUAAUGCGAGGUGCACCUGCACCAUACCAGGAUAUCGAGGGUAUCGAGUCGAAGAAAAUCAAGGCGAUUAAAGAGAUCUCGAAGAGCUGCAAGUCACCGGCAGGAGGAAGGAAUUGAAACAAAUCAUAAAGGAAGUAAUGGCACAAUACACCCUGGAAGGAGUUGAAUUGGAAAUUUCAUACGAAAAUCGCAAACGGACAUUGCAAGGAAAUAGAAAGGAGUUUGGAAAACUGAAGUCCCGGGAGAAACGACGCACAACAGCCUGCGAGCAAUAAGUUGCCAUGUUAAAUGCACUAAAAACCAACUCCAAAGACAACAUGUUCUUGUGGUCAAAAAAGUGGAGAUGACUUCCAAUAAGUUACAGACUUAAUAGCCCUACCUGUAUUCCAAUGUACUUAUUUAAAUUUCUACACUAUUUUGUUGCCAAAGUCGUGCAAGUCGUUGCAUCUUAGUUAUUUAAAAGUAACGAAAAUUCCUGAAUGCAUAAAAACAUAAGAACGAAUCGCACCUGUCCUUUUCAAUUGUACAAAAGACCACUUUCCCUGAUACAUUUUUACAAUUAAUUUAAAGAGUAUAAAGACUUGGAGUGUGCAUAUUAAAUAUGUGAAUAAAUGAUCCCUGUGUUCACGCAUCGAUUAAAAACGUUCAAGAACUGCA